UUUUACAUUUAUGCCUAUCAAAACAGGUUGAAACUUCGGGAGUGUUUGAUUUAAGACUUACCAGCUAUUCUAAUCCUAACCACACAACUGCUGAUGGUGAAUGUUGUGGAGAUCGUCUGGGAAACGAGUGUGAAGCUGACUGCAGUACCUUUUUUCGGGUCUGUCUGACACACGUGUCAAGAAAAAUUUCCAGUUACGAAUCUAAACGCCGACUUGAUUUCAACACGCCGUGCACUUUUGGUAUGUCUGUUAGUGAUAUUGUAGACAGAAGUGGCCUCGAAAACAAUCUUCCCGAGUUAGACUUUAAUUUUGAUUUUUCAUGGCCGGGCCAGUUUUUAUUGAUUGUUGAAGCUUGGCACUCUACAAACAGCACAAGUCCACCAGCAGAAGAAGCCAUUAAUGGUGGACGACUAAUCAUGCGUUAUGACAAGCAACGCCACCUAGAAAUAGGUGACGACUGGCAGGAUGAUCACAUGACAUCUGAAAGAGGAGUUCUCCUGAAAUACUCCUAUCGAGUUUCGUGUGCGGAAGGUUUUGCGGGGGCCAACUGCACAGUUCACUGCAGCAGUCCUAACGACACGGAAGCUAGGUUUGACUGUUUACCUUCAGGCACAAUAAAAUGUCGAAAAGGGUGGGUUGGUGAGAGGUGUAAUAUUCCCGUAUGUCUGGAAGGCUGUCAUCCAACCCACGGAUACUGCGAGAAGCCCGGUGAGUGUCAUUGUCGACUAGGGUGGACUGGAGACACGUGUUCCACGUGCGUUCCGAUGUUUGGCUGCUUGCAUGGUGGCUGUAACCAGACUUUCGAAUGUAAUUGUGAAGAAGGCUGGGAUGGAUUCUUCUGUGGCCAGCCUAUGUGCAAGAAAGGUUGUCAUCCCACGAGAGGAUACUGUGAUUACCCUGGGGAGUGCAGGUGCCGAAUCGGUUGGCAGGGGGAGCUAUGCAACACGUGUAGAACUCUGCCCGGCUGUGUACACGGUUACUGCAACAAACCGCUAGAGUGCAUCUGUGAGGCAGGAUGGAGAGGAAUUUUCUGUCAUUUACCUGUUUGUCGUGAAGGCUGUGAUAUUAAAUAUGGCUACUGCACUAAGCCUAACGAAUGCAGAUGUCGUAUAGGCUGGCAGGGAGAAAAAUGUGAUCAGUGUUUUCCUUAUCCAGGGUGUCAGAAUGGUCACUGUGUCCGUCCGUGGGAAUGUAACUGUGAACCAGGAUGGGGAGGCUUAUUGUGUGACAAGAAAUCAAACUACUGUGAAAUAGAAAACCCUUGUCAAAAUGGAAGCACGUGCAUCAGCAAGUCCGAAGAAGAUGGCCUAUAUUUGUGCGUUUGCCCUGGUGGUUUUACUGGAAAACACUGUGAAAAUCGAACGUAACUCUAACAAUAUUUUUGUCUAGCUAACGAGUCAGCUUAUUUAAAUAGGUCAAGUUUUUUGUAACAUACACACCGAGUCUUUUCUUUUCAUCGGGUGAUGGUAACCUCAAACUCUCGUUCUGUUAGAGUAGCUUAAUUUAUCGGCAUUGUCCUGAAAGAAAAGAAUAUAUUAAAGAGUGUUUCAGAAUUUUGUGUUUCUUGUUGUUUUGCUUGGCAAAAAUUCUUGAAAAGUAGACAAUCUUGAAGAGAGGAAAAGAGAUCUUAUGCACACCCUAAAAUAGAUAAAUGUUUUAGUUCUUAUUAAACACUUUAAAAACGUCAAAUAUGUCGAUGCUGAUAAAGUAAUAGGUUAUAAACAACGGAUGUUAAAGCUAAAAUUAACCAGCUUGUUUUCGCUCUUUCUUACCAACAUAAA